CGAGAGAGAGCGAGUGCGUUACUUCCGGUUAUUCCCGUAGUUCCGAACUGUAGCUUUAGCCGUCAGUUGAGUUCGUCGUUCCGAAUUUGUUGGAAUUUAAGCGUCUCCAAUGCGGUUCGGGUGUUUCCUAUCACCCGCGGCAGCACCUCGGUAGUUUGUUCGCGAAGCGGACUUGCUCGACUUGUUUCCGUCGCUGCGUGGAGCUAACAACGGCUAAGCUAAAAUAAGCUAAGCGUGCUAGCCAACUGGCCUGCGUUUGACGGAACCGCUCGCCCGUUUCAGUCUUUUGGUGAAAACAUCGAGAAGAAAUCUCAAGCAUGGAAUCCAACGGGAGCUGUCGCUAACAGACCGAAGACGACGAGAAGAGUGGAACUUGAAGCCAUGCCAACCUAGAAUCAGCCUCCGCAGUACCCCCCCCCCCCCCCCUCCCCCGUUGAGAGACCAUGUCUGAGAACCAGCCCAACAACAAUGUCCCACCAAACAACAACAACAACAACAACAUGGGGCCCAACAGGAUCCGGAACCCCAACAUCAACCAGAACCCUCUCAUCAACGUUCGAGACCGCCUCUUCCACGCGCUCUUUUUCAAGAUGGCUGUCACUUAUGCCCGCCUCUUCCCGCCAUCGUUCAGGAGGGUCUUUGAGUUCUUCGUGCUGCUCAAGGCGCUCUUCGUCCUCUUCAUCCUGGCCUACAUCCACAUCGCCUUCUCUCGCUCGCCCAUCAACUGUCUGGAGGGCGUGAGGGAGCGCUGGCCUCGCGACGGCAUCCUGCGCGUGGAGAUCCAGAGGAACUCCAGCCGGCCGCCCGUCUUCCUGCAGUUCUACGACUUGCAGGAGGGCGGCGGAGGAGGAGGGGGACCCGUCGCCGGGCUCAGUCUGGCAGCGCUGCAAGAGGAAGACGAGGACGAAGACGAAGAGAUGGCGCUGGACACGUUUGACAACAGCUCAGUGCAGUUUGAACUGGACACGGAGCCCCAUCGGAAGCUGCCUGCCAUCGGACAAGCGGGAGCGGGUGAGGGUGCGGCGGGAGGCGGGGCCAACGACAGCCGGGACCUUUCCUUCAGUCACAUCGCUAAAGGUAGGCGGCGGUGGCGCAACGGGCCGCCGCGGCCCCCCGCCGCUCGUCGUGACGCUCGCCGCUUUCAUUUUGCAGCCUGGCCUCAGGAGGAGUACAUGGUGGAAUAUUCUCUGGAGUACGGCUUCCUGCGUCUGUCUCAGAGCACGCGGCAGAGACUCAACAUCCCCGUCAUGGUCGUCACCCUGGAUCCCACCAAGGACGAGUGUUUUGGCGACGGCUUCAGUCGCUUCCUGCUGGACGAGUUUUUAGGCUACGACGACAUUCUGAUGUCCAGCGUCAAAGCGCUCGCGGAGAACGAGGAGAACAAAGGUUUCCUCAGGAACGUGGUCUCCGGAGAGCAUUACCGCUUUGUCAGCAUGUGGAUGGCCAGAACCUCCUACCUGGCCGCAUUUGUCAUCAUGGUCAUCUUCACGCUGUCGGUGUCCAUGCUGCUCAGGUAUUCUCACCACCAGAUCUUCGUCUUCAUUGUGGACCUCCUUCAGAUGUUGGAGAUGAACAUGACCAUCGCCUUUCCGGCCGCCCCCCUGCUCACGGUUAUCCUCGCCCUCGUCGGUAUGGAGGCCAUCAUGUCGGAAUUUUUCAACGAUACCACCACGGCCUUUUACAUCAUCCUCAUUGUGUGGUUGGCCGAUCNAAUGCCUUCCUCUUGCUGUUUUUUUUUUUUGUCUUUCAGGUUCUUCUAUUUGUAUCACUUUGCCUUCUACGCUUAUCAUUACCGCUUCAACGGUCAGUACAGCAGCCUGGCGCUGGUCACUUCCUGGCUCUUCAUCCAGCACUCCAUGAUCUACUUUUUCCACCACUACGAGCUGCCGGCCAUCUUGCAGCAGAUCCGCAUCCAGGAGAUGCUGCUGCACAACCAGCAGGCGAGUCACACCAACCAGACGGCGCUGCAGGACAGCCUCAACAACAACGCCGCCGCCGGGCCUCAGCCACCGGCGGAGCCCGCCGCCGCCGCCGCCGUCGUUCUCCAGCCCCCGCCUGAAAGUCCGGCGCCGUCCUCCGCCGGCGAAGUGCGCUCGGAGCUCAACUGGGUGGCGCAGACGGCCGCCAUCAUUACGGAAGCCCUGGCGUCCUCCGGGCAGGAGGGGGCGGCCGACGUCGGCGACGACGCGGCUGAGUUCUGGAUGGCAGAAAGGGGGGCCGGCAGCGGCCGGGAGGGAGCCGCCGGCGGAGGAGGUGGGCCUUCGGAUGACACAAGUGCCGCCGCCUCGCCAUCCCAAACCGACUGCGGAGCGCAGCGGAGCUCCUCCCGCACGUCUUGAGGCGGAAGCGAGAAGACGCUUGUCGCAGUCAUGCCAAAUAAUCUGUCACCCGUUGCAGGCUGGGGAUGAUCGACUGAAAUAUGAGCAUCAAUAAACUGAGGGGAGGAACGCGUUGAAAUGGUCAAAGGUCACGUGACGCUCAGUCAUCAUGGGACCUGCUUUUAGUUUGAACUUGAUUGUGAGACAGUGGGCGUGGCCACUACCCGUAUGUUUCCCACUAAAUGACGUCACAAAUGCCUUCCGCUCUGUUGAAACUGGACUCAAACGACUUGUCUUUUUCCCCCCCACAACCCGCACGUUAAUCAAAGGCAUUGACACCCAACACGAGAAGCUGUAUUGCCCCCCCCCCUUCCCCCUACCCUCUCACUCGCUCGCUGACGUCACCAGAUCAUUUGGCCACUUCCAAUGAUCGUCGUUCUUUUUGAUUUGGAAUUUCCAUUCGUUCCCGCGUCAACAGUUGGCCACGUUUCGUCUCAAAUGAAGAGCCGUUUAUUUUCUGCCAACGGCGCGGCGAGAUUUCGCUCUUCCGCGAAGCCCGUUCGCACGCCCCUUGCGCGCGCGCGUGUAUCGCUGCGGCGCGCGGGAGCGCGCAUCUUCCUCUGCACGACCACUGCGGACGAGACAGACGGCGACCGGCCGGGCGGCUCGUUUCGCUUCUUUUGUCUUCUUGCGUUCGAAGUGAAAGUGGAACGAACGUCUCAUCAGGUGAGGCGCGUGCAUGCGCGGCGGCGUUUUCACCGCAUUUCUUGUCAUUGCGCGGGCACGCACGCGAACGCGGUUAAAAGCGGACGUUUCUUAAGAGACGCGAGGCUGAAUGUCCCCCCCCCCAACGAUCUUCGACGGCGGACCACGCCCCCUCCGACGUCCACCUUUCACUUCCCAAAAUGUGCCCGACAUGCCGCCGAGGAAGUGGGAGAUGGCGUGCGUCCGGCGGCAUCCAAACGUGUGGAGCGGCACCCGGUCCAGUUUGUCUCCGGGUGGGCGAAAGAAGUGCGCGCACGUGACACGUGCGGCUCAUUUUCAUAUCAACGGCGAAGGCGCGUCGAUAUGACAUCAAACGUUGACCUCAAAUGCUCGUCGUUUGGUCAGAAGUGGAAGUCAACAUCCAUUUGAUUGAUGUUGUUUGGACAUGAAUUCAAUAUAAAGCUUCUUUGAAAUUUCA